CCGGCCUCCCAGGCGGCGGCGCGUGCCGGCCUGGCGUCGGGGACGCGCAAGCACCCGCGUUCUUGAUGCGCAUGCUCACCGGCGCGCGUAGGGAAGGGGCGGGCACUGGGGCGGCCGUCCCUGGCCGCCUCUGGGGCUCUCAGCAGAAAAGGUUCUCAAAUUUGUAUCCUGAAUUUGUCUUCCUGGGCAAAAGGUUAAGUGAGCAAGUUUUUGUAAUAAGCCAAAAUAAUAGUAAAAGAAAUCGUAUCAAAGAAAAGGAUCUGAAGUUUUCAAGCAUCCAGACUUAUUGGGAGCUAUUCUGUGAAGAAGUGGUUUCCAUCAUCAGUUAAGUUUGGGAAACUGAACACUGUCCCCUCCCUGCUUGGUGAUUCACAAUGAACAUCAAUUUACAUCACAUUGAUAAAGACUCCAGGAAAUGUUUGAGCCUUCUGAUUUGGUUUUGAUAAUGGAGUUCACAGUUGAAGGAAGAAGACCCAAAACUUAUUGAGAUAAUCUAUGGAGUAAAGAAAACAGAAAUUAUGAGUGGAGGAUCUCAAGUUCACAUGUUUUGGGGUGCUCCAGCUGGUCCACUAAAAAUGACAGUAUCACAGAGACCAAUCUUAAUGUCCACUGCAAAUCCCUGGAAAAAAAUUCAGCUUUUGUACAAUCAGCAUUCUUUAUAUCUGAAGGAUGAAAACCAGGAGCCCAACAAUCUCAAAGACUGUCAAACCUCAGAAGCUAUUACUAGCCCUUCAGCUGUUCUAAGUGGUUGUUGUUUAGUGAACUCUGUGAGUAGAUGUGUUCAGGUGAAAGAUGACUUUACAUAUUCGACUUCAGAAACACGGAAUAUAAAAUUCCAGAAGAUUCACCCCUCAGGGCUGAGUGAUGUAACCAACUCUAAUGUGCAAAUAUAUGGAUUUAAGGGCGCAGUUCAGCAUUUACCUGAAGAAGAAAAGUAUGAAAAGAUUCAAUGUGAAAAUAAUAAAAUUACAGAUGAACAGCCUAGAAAUGAGUCAAACAUAUGUGGUCACAACUUUCAAACAAAUUCCUUUCAGUUAGAUCAUAAAUGUGCAGUUGUGUUGGAUUUGGUUGAUAGUACUGAACAAACUAAUGUAGAUCUAGAAGCUAUAGAAACAAAGUACAAGCCAGCAGAACACCAUGACAUGCAAAACCAGUGUCUGGAAUUCUUUUCCUCUAAUGCAGUGGAUGAGCCAAGGUCUGAUGGAGCAGUUAGGAAAGUCUCAAACCUUAAAACAUCUACUGACACUGAAUUUCUGAGUAUAAUGACCUCUAGUCAGGUUGCUUUUUUAGCUCAAAGGGAGGAUAAAGCUCUGAAUUCUAUAAAUAAAGGGAUCGUAUACAUGGAGACUAAACCAAAGGCAAGUCAUGGGGAAUUAAGAAUAACUGAAGAUAAUUUGAUUCAGUCUAAGGAUGAUUUUACAGAAGGACAUGAAAGUGGACUUAAAGAAACAUAUUCCUUAGAACUUUUUAGUCCUAUUUGUCCUGAAAAAAAGAGUAUUCACAUAAACCCUGAAAAAGAUGUUGAAGAAAAUAUAGGCUCUCAAGAACUUUUCAGUUCUGAAGAUAAACUGCCACCAAAUGAGAUUUGUAUUGAGUUGUGUCGCUCAGGAAUACUGUGUUCCCAACUAAACACCUUUCAGAAAAGUGCUGUUAAAAGAAGUUGGAGCUCUGAAGAUAAACCAGGCCAUUCUAAAGCUCUGUCUAAAGUCUUUAAAGUGUCUAAGAAAAUGAAGUUGGGUUCUAAUGCAAGAGAUUCUACCAUAGCAAUGGGCCAGAGAAAUGUGUCUGAAUUUAAGGGUAUUAAAAAAAUAUCAUUAAUAAAAAAUUGUGAUUCUAAAAGUCAGAAGUAUAAUUGUUUAGCUCUGGUGCUAACUCCAUGUCAUGUGAAAGAAAUAAACAUAAAAUCUGGAGCCAAUUCUGGCUCUAAAGUGCCCUUAGCAACAAUUACAGUAAUUGAUCAAUCGGAAAUUAAGAAGAAGGUUUUUCUUUGGAGAACCGCAGCAUUUUGGGCACUUACAGUAUUUCUCGGAGAUAUAAUUUUACUCACAGAUGUUGUUAUUCAUGAUGAUCAGUGGAUUGGUGAGAUAAUACUCCAAUCAACAUUCACCAGUCAGUUAUUAAAUCUCGGGAGUUAUUCAUCUGUCCAGCCAGAAGAAUAUUCCGGUAUAGUUAGCGAUGUUGCACUUCAGGAUUUACUGGCAUAUGUGUCUUCAAACCAUUUCUAUCUCAAAGAUCUUCCACAGAGGCAGCCUCAGAGAGGGAACAGUAUAGAGUUUGUAGAAUUGGAGCGACUUCAACCUGAUAUAUUAGUCCAUGCAGUACUCAGAGUUGUGGAUAUCACUGUACUGACAGAGUCAUUAUACAGUUACAGAGGACAGAAGCAAAGGAAAGUUAUGUUAACAGUGGAACAGGCCCAAGGUCAACACUAUGUGCUUGUAUUAUGGGGUCCUGGAGCAGCCUGGUACCCUCAACUUCAAAGGAAAAAAGAUUAUAUCUGGGAAUUUAAAUAUCUUUUGGUUCAGCGCAACUGCACACUAGAAAACCUAGAAUUGCAUACAACACCAUGGUCAUCCUGUGAAUGUCUGUUUGAUGAUGAUAUAAGGGCAAUUACAUUUAAAGCAAAAUUUCAAAAUAGUGCACCCACUUUGGUCAAGAUGUCCGAUUUAGCAACCCAUCUAAAGGAUAAGUAUUCAGGAGUGGUUCUAAUUAAAGCUCAAAUUUUAGAGCUAGUAUUUCCUGUUGCAGCAGCUCAGAAGAUAGCUCUAAAUGCUCACAGUUCCCUAAAGAGUAUCUUCUCCUUUCUUCCCAACAUUAUAUAUACUGGCUGUGCAAAAUGUGGAUUGGAACUAGAAACAGAUGAAAACAAAAUCUACAGACAGUGUCUUAGCUGCUUGCCAUUUGCUAGGAAGAAAACAUAUUAUAGGCCAGCUUUAAUGACUAUAGCUGAUGGAACACAUAACAUUUGCAUCCAUGUAGGAUCAGAGCUGAUAGAGAAGAUUCUUCUCAACAUUUCUCCAGACUGUCUCAACAGAGUGAUAGUACCGUCCUCAGAGGUCACCUAUGGGAUGGUUGCAGCAGACCUGCUUCUCUCCUUGUUGGCAGAUAGCACAGAGCCUUGUGUGUUGAAGAUUCAGAGCCUUUUUGUCUUAGACGAAAAUAGCUACCCAUUGCAACAGGAUUUCUACCUACUGGAUUUCUGUCAUGACCCAUGUAAAGCAUGGAACCCUUCUCUGAGACCACACAAGGAAGUUGAAGACAUUCCAAGGAAGAAGUACUGAAAUGAUUUGUCUUUUAAAUGAAUGAUGGGGAUUUUGUUUUGGGCUUCUUAAAUAUAAAUAUUUUAUAAAGAAAAUUGUGCUAAACAUAUAAAUUAAAUCUAUUUUUUCUAAGAAAAUUCUGUGAAGUUUUAUUAUUUGUUUUAUUUUAUUAUUUGUUUUGUUUUUAUUUGUUGGUUUCUUCUUUUCUUCUGGAGAAAUAAUCUAGCAAUAAAGGUAAUAUACAGUUCCCUAGGAAUUAAAAUGUUCCCUCAUUUGUUCACUAUUUAGUCCCUUCUGUGUUCAAGGCCUUAUGCUACAUACGGAGCAUUCACACAUCCAACAUUUCCUCAGAAGUUGUUUUUCUGCUACAAACUCUGUAUACUUUCUCUUAUUUAUACCUCAAUAAACUAUAAACAUGAAAUAAUUUCCUUGAUUAUAAAAACUAUGUAAUACCUUAGUUUACAUUAGCCUAUGUUCAGACAAGUUCAAGACAAGCAUGUCUUUCUAUAAACAGCACAGAAAAUGAAGGAAACAAGAUCAUGUUCCAACUCAGAAAGUGGGGAAGAGUUCUGUUGUUGGUUCCUACCUAGAAUUUGAAUGCC